ACUGCGCGUCCUGCUCCCCACGUGAACCUUUCAGUCAUGAACGAGCUGCUCACUUACACAUCUCAAGUCAGCACGGAAACUAUCCAUAAACUGACCUCCUGAUGUUUGAUUUUAGAUGGAGCUGGACAAACGGAGCAUCACGAUGGAUUACAAAUAUGAUACAGGAAUAGACCCUUUGGCUCACAUGAACGUAGAGGACAUUAUCAACGCUGCAGAGACUCUUUAUCGGCUUGAGGAAGAGGAAAGAGAAAUAUUAUCAUUCGAAGACGAAGAAGGGCUCUCCCAGGAGGAGAUGGAUGAGAAUGAGGAGGCAGGGGAGGGGGUGGGUUUGGGGAGUGAGCAGAAGAACUAUGCUGAUGGGGUUGGUGGUGUUCGAUACGGGACGGUGACAGACCUCCUGUCCUUUGUCAACCUCCUGUCCAGCAUGCAGGCAGCAGCCCUGCCAAACCUGGCGGAGGAGAUGGGUGUCCUCCUGAAUAAGAAGGACAUGGCUGUGAAAAAAGGCCGGUACCAGAUCAACAUGGAUGUGCUGCUGUUUCCAUGGAAAUUGACCUACAAGAAUCACGGAUCUAGCCUCGUGCCUAAGGGCUCAUUUGGAAUCCACGUGGCUCAGGACACAACCGCCACCAGGAAGAGAAUGGCCUGCCAAACUGGUGAGUCUUCCUGAAUCCCCAUGGAGAACUUUAAAGCAGCUGAUGUAGAGUUCCAGGCCCGCUUCCGCCAUGAGAACAUCGCCGAGCUGUACGGCGUUCUGCUCUGGGACCAGAGCGUCCACCUGUUCAUGGAGGCGGGCGAGGGCGGCUCUGUCCUGGAGAAGCUGGACAGCUGCGGACCAAUGAGAGAAUUCGAGAUCAUCUGGGUGACCAAGCAAGCCCUGCGUGGCUUGGAGUACCUGCACUCACACAACGUCAUUCACCACGACAUCAAACCCAGCAACAUUGUUCUGAUGUCAGACAAAGCAGUUCUGGUGGAUUUUGGUCUGACGGUGCAGAUGACAGAGGAUGUAUACAUUCCCAGAGAUCUGAGAGGAACAGAGAUGUAUAUGAGUCCAGAGUUGGUUCUGUGUCGAGGACACAGCACCAAGACGGACAUCUACAGCCUGGGCACCACCAUCAUUCACAUGCAGACCGGUAGUCCUCCCUGGGUCAGGAGAUACCCACGCACUGCCUACCCAUCCUACCUCUACAUUAUCCACAAGCAGGCCCCGCCUUUGGAGGACAUAGCAGAGGACUGCAGCCCAGCCAUGCGCUCCUUCCUGGAGCGAGCCCUAGAGAGGAACCCUGCACUGCGGAGCUCAGCAACUGAGCUGCUCAAGGAUGAAGCUAUCAACCCGCCCAGAGAGGAUCAGCCACGCUGCUGGAGUCUCGAUUCAGCCCUGGAGGAAGCCACCCACACCUUGCUACGGCAGCAGAGCCAGCACCAUGACACCACACAGGAAUCUUCUCUUUACUCUGAAGAUUCUGGCCACAUCAGGAGGAAGGGCUCGUUGUACAUUGACCUAGGGGCCUUGUCAGGUUACUCCAAACUGGUGACAGGACCCCCGUCCUCUGAAUAUGGCUAACAAUGACCAGAUAACACCAUUUAUAUGGCUGAACUGUUGUUGAAGCCAACUGCUUAUUUGGUUCUUGAGUUGAGACUCGUGGACAGCUAUAGCAACUCAUAAUAAAGUAAAAGAGCCAGGAUGGCUUGGAAUGAAUGGAUCUAGCUCAGCCUGAAAUGGAAAACACCGCAGGACAGUGUUUGGAUGCAUUGUGAAUAAAUAAGCAUUAUACUCUACAUAUAAUUUAACACCCUUCCUUGGGGUACUUUAUUUCAGUGCGGGAGGUCGCAGUAAUAAAUGCAUGCUGUUUUCUUUUCUCCCUGAAACCAUCGGACAGAAGUUAUUGUAUCAGUUGUGUUAGUUAAAGUGUAAGCUGUGUUUUAAAGUAUGUGUGUAAGCAUGUAUGACAUGUAGUCCUUUGUGGACUUCCUCCCGUUCAUUCCUGUGGAAUGUUGUUGGCAACACUGCGCUUUGCAAAUGAAGCUUCUGUGGAAUGAAUGUGAUGUGGUUUCUGUUGUGUACAUCCAGUGAGAUGAGGCGUGCUGUGCUUCUUACUGAAAGAAAAACAAUUGAUUUACUUCUGUUUUCUUGAGUAUUAAGCUUAGAAUUUACCCAGAGUUUAAAAAUGUGUCAUUCUGCAAUAAAUGCAAUGAACUCAAAAA